AGACAACUAUCCAGACUUAUCUGAUGGAUAUUUGUAGACCUGCUGGGAAGGCUAUGUCUCAGUACGAGUAUAAAAGUCAGCAGCUCUCCUGCGAAAUUGAUGAGGACUUUCCAAGCAUAUCAGUACCCGUCUCAAAAGAUUUGAAGCAUUCACACUCUCAGCAUCAUCAACAGCAUUCCUACUGUUUCGUGUCAGCCAACUUUCUACAAUGCAGUUCAGUAUCGCUACCAUUCUCGCGCUUAGCGUCUCCACCCUGGCAUCCCCGACUCCUCAAGCCAGCCCCAUCGACCCAGAAGACAUUGUCAUCCUUGACUUUUCUGCCCGUCAUCAAACCGAUGGUUCAGUUGACAGCGUUGGACUUCAUUUGAAUGGUCACGAUGAGCAGAAUCUUUACUGUGGUCAAACUGGCGAUGUUGUUCUUGGCGAGAAAUAUGCUUGCGGUGACAGCAAGUACAGCUUCGCCCUAAUGAAGGGUCUCUAUGACACUUGGGGGGUUCGAAUCUUCCACCGAUGGGGCGUUGCGAGUGGGGUGUCUGGGUACCGUGACAUCCCUACCUACUGUCAUGGCGGUCCGUUGGGGUCAACCAUCUGCACCUUGCAGACCGUUGUCAGUUUGUACAUUGACAGCACCCCGAAGGACUGGUAGUAGUGAUCAUGAGAGCUUUGAUGGAGAGGUUCCAACUUGGAAGUUCAGUAUGAGAGUUGCUUGCAUGACGGCAGGCCAAUGUUCGAGGCUAGGCGCUGGAUAAUGGCAAUUUGGUGUCUGUUACUUAUUAUUACGCACGUACCCACAUUAGAUAUCAUAUAUCCACCAUAAAUACUAUUGCUUGGCCUCGAU